GUCACCUAAUUAAAGUGCUCAAAACAUAAAGAGAGAGAGAGAGAGAGGUUAAUUAGUAGCAAAUCAUGACAUUCUUUCUUCAUCUGCUUCUUUUCGGCGUUGCUGCGUGGUUUGUUCAUGUUGAUGCACAGGUUCAAACAGGUUACAUAAGCAUUGAUUGUGGAUCACCGGAAAAUUUCAACUAUGUGGAUCUUGAUACGGGCAUAAGUUAUACUUCUGAUGGAUCGUUUGUAAGCACGGGAGUGAAUAGGAACAUUUCUUUAGAAUAUGCAUACCCGAACAACCCAAUGCUCCCACAGCCUCUUUCAGAUCUUAGAACCUUUCCUCAAGGGAACAAAAACUGUUACACGUUAAGACCCAAUGGUGGGAAAACCAGCUUAAAUCUGAUUCGGGCUACUUUCAUGUAUGGAAACUAUGAUGGAGAAAAUAAACUACCAGAGUUUGAUCUUUACCUCGGUGUAAACCUUUGGCUAUCAGUUAAAUUUGUAAACGCUUCUGAUGUUGUUACCACGGAAAUCAUUGGAGUUGCAUUACAAGAUACUUUUAGUGUUUGUCUUGUGAAUGUAGGACAAGGUGUUCCGUUCAUAUCAGCAUUGGAGUUAAGGCCACUUCAUGGGUCAAUUUACAACAUUGAACCUGGGAUUUAUGGGUCAUUAGUUUUGUUCGAAAGAUUGGACAUUGGCUAUACUAAUGGGACGGGUCGAUAUGCAGAUGAUAUAUAUGACCGAAUCUGGUCUCCUUAUAAUUCUCCAUUAUGGGAUUCUUUGCGCACGUCUGUAGCUAUAGAUAUAAGUGGAAAUGGUUAUAGUGCACCAAAUGAAGUCAUGCAAACGGGCUCCACACCCAAAAAUGGAACCGAGUCUUUAGAGUUUAGCUGGAACGUUUCUGACCCAAAAUCAAAGUUUUACAUCUAUAUGUACUUUGCUGACUUAGUAGUGCCAGGUAGGAAUCAGACACGACAGUUUAAUAUUUCUUGGAACGAAAUUCAACUCUUUGGAAAUGUGAGUCCUCGUGCUUACUAUGCAUCUACAUUUUACAAUUCUAGAGCGUUGGUGGGAAAUGAUCACAAGAUUUCCAUUCAAAGAAGUGGUUCUGAAAAUGUGUUGCCCAUUCUUAAUGCUAUCGAGAUUUAUAGGCUUCAGGAGUUCACAGAACUGGCAACAAUUAGUAAUGAUGUUGAUGCAAUACACAAUAUUAGAACAGCUUACAAAGUAAACAAAAAUUGGGUAGGAGAUCCCUGUGGCCCUAAAAACUACUCAUGGGAAGGUGUAAUUUGCAACUAUACUAAUUCGAGUCCCCCUCAAAUCAUAUCCAUAAAUCUUUCUACAAGUGAUUUAACCGGCCAUAUAGCUGCCUCCUUUGCGAAUCUUUCAUCACUUGAAACAUUAGAUCUAUCGAACAACAGUUUGACUGGGCCAAUACCCGACUUUCUGGAAAAGCUUUCAUCUUUGAAGUUUUUGGACUUACGGGGAAAUCAACUAUCAGGCUAUGUAUCACGGUCUCUUUUGGAGAGAUCAAGAGCUGGGUUACUCAUAUUAAGUGUGGAUAGCCAAAACCUUUGUGACUCGGGCUCUUGCCAAAGUAAGAAGAAAAAGGUUGCAGUUCCUAUUAUUGCAUCACUGCUAUCGUCUUUGGGGCUCUUACUUCUAUUAUUCAUCAUCUGGAGAUACAGAAGCAAAAGAAAAACCAUAAAAGGAAACACAAAUGAAGAAGGUAGAGCUUUGGAAUCCAAUAACAAGCAAUUUACGUACACUGAGGUGGCUAACAUGACUAAUAACUUUCAAACGGCUAUUGGAAAGGGAGGAUUUGGAACUGUUUAUCUUGGUCGCUUGAAAAAUGGCAGUCAGGUUGCAGUGAAGUUACUCUCUGCAUCAUCGUCUCAAGGAUACAAAGAAUUUCAAAAUGAGGCUGAGCUCUUGAUGAGGGUUCAUCACAGGAAUUUAGCCUCUUUUGUGGGGUAUUCUCACGAUGAUAACAAGAUGGCGCUUAUCUAUGAGUACAUGGCUAAUGGAAACCUCAAAAGUUAUAUAUCGGACAGAAAUCUUCACCCACUGAGUUGGGAAAUGAGACUCAAGAUAGCAAUAGAUGCUGCACAAGGACUGGAAUAUUUACACCAUGGUUGCAGACCGGCUAUAAUUCACAGGGAUGUGAAGUCAGCCAACAUCCUUCUUAGCGAAAAUUUGAAUGCUAAGAUAGCAGAUUUCGGUCUUUCCAAGGGUCUUCCCGAUGAUCAAACUACUCACAUCUUAACAGACGUUACAGGCACCACCGGCUAUCUUGAUCCAGAGUAUCGAAAAUCUCACAAUCUCAACGAAAAGAGCGAUGUAUACAGUUUUGGGAUAGUUCUUUUAGAGCUGAUCACAGGCCAACCUGCAAUAAUAAAGACCACGUAUCAUACACACAUCUUGCAAUAUGUUAGCCCGUACCUUGAGCAUGGCGAUAUCACAGGUAUCAUAGAUGAACAAAUGGAAGGUGAUUUCAAUUUAGAUUCUGUAUGGAAAGCUAUUGAAUUAUCGGUUGCAUGCACACGAGCCAAGUCUACCCAAAGGGUGACAAUGAGUGAAGUUUUGACUGGGCUAAAGUCAUGUUUGGAGAUGGAGUUGGCUUGCGUUCCCAAAAUUCUGGUGAACCAUGGGAGCCAGAAGAUUGUUGGGUUAAGAAUGGACCAUUCGCCCGAGGUCUGUUCAAUGGAUUUUGAGCUAAUGACUGCCCCCUCCGGAAGAUAAGGAAUCAAAAAACCUUAUUGUAAACUAUAAACAAAUAAAGUGAAAAGACCAUUUUUGUUCAAAUGGAUUAAAUAUUUUUGCA